ACUGUUUCAAGCAUGUCAUCCAUUGAAAUGGAAGUUUUUUCAAAUUCCCAACUCAUUGUUUUGACAGUCCUCAUGUUCAUAGGAGGUGAGAUUUUCACUUCAAUGGUUGGACUUCAUUUGAGAAAAUUAUUUAAAAGAGACCUCCAAAAUCAUCCAACCAAUUACCAAAUUAGAACUAGUAGUACUCUUGAGGGUUUUGAGUCUGAGUUUAAUCAAGUUUUUAGGUUUUGUUGUGUUGGGUUAUCUUUUGAUAACUCAUAUUGUUGGAAUUGGAAUGAUUCUUAUUUACUUUCUUUUUAUUUCAAGUUUUGCCAAAGAGAUUCUCAAUGAAAAAGGUAUAAAUUUGGUCACUUUUUCAUUCUUUACUUGUGUUUCUACUUUAGCUAGUUGUGGUUUUGUCCCAACAAAUGAAAAUAUGAUUGUGUUUCAUAAAAAUUCAGGUCUUCUUUUAAUCUUAAUCCCUCAAGUUUUGGUUGGUAACACUUUGUAUUCAUCUUGUUUAAGGUUUUGCAUUUGGGUUAUUGGGAAGUUUAGUAAAGAUCAUAAUGAUGAACAUCGUUUGAAAGUUGAUUAUUUGUUGACGAAUAGUGAAGAGAUUGGGUAUAUUCAUUUGCUUCCCAGUCUUCAUUCUUGUCUUCUGGUUGCGACAGUUUUUGGCUUCAUUUUGAUUCAAUUUGUACUGAUUUGUUCAAUGGAAUGGGAUUCCAAUGGGUUUAGUGACUUGAAUUUUUAUCAAAAAGUUGUUGCUAUUCUAUUUUUGAGCACCAAUUCUCGACAUACCGGAGAAACCAUCGUUGAUAUUUCAUUGCUCUCUUCUGCCAUCUUGAUCCUGUUCGUUGUUAUGAUGUAUCUUCCUCCAUAUACAUCUUUUCUUCCAUUAAACGAGAAGGAAGAACUAGAAGAUCAUCUUCAACCUCUUCAAAGAAGAAAAAUGAAAUCAAGAAAGACAAAAACUCUGCAAAAUUUGUUGUUCUCACAACUCUCUUAUCUCGUCAUAUUCAUCAUUAUUAUUUGCAUAAUUGAGGGAAAAAAAAUGGUUGAAGAUCCGAUCAACUUUAGUGUUUUGAAUAUUGUGCUCGAAGUUAUCAGUGCUUAUGGAAACGUGGGAUUCUCAAUGGGGUAUAGUUGCAAACGGCAAGUCCAUCCACAACGCGAUUGUGUUGAUAAAUGGUACGGAUUUUCAGCAAAAUGGAGUAACAAAGCCAAAAUAGUACUCAUUUUGGUCAUGAUCUUUGGAAGACUCAAAAAAUUUAACAUGGAUGGUGGAAAAGCUUGGAAACUUAGUUAAAACUUUUUUUCUAAUCUCUCUCGAGUUCAACAAUACACACAAGGAACUUCUAACCUCUUAGAUCAAAUGUAUAUGAUUUAUAUUAAAUCUACUUGUGUAGGUGGCAUAGACUUAUCUAACUUCUCAAUUAAAAAUUAUUUUAGAAAUUUUUAAAAUUUGUUGUACUAUUUCAUCAAUUUACUUUUUAUUGCCUCUAGAUUGAGAAUUAGAUUUGAAUUAAAAAGAAUAAGAGAAGAUGAAAUUCUUUUUCUUGUAGUGUAAUAAUAGUGAACUAUAUUUAUAUAAAAGAUUGAAAAUAUAAUUGUUCACACGAGAUUUUCGAGGAAAUUUGAUUCGUGAAGUUGAACUUGAGUUGAUGUUGUGCUUAUGUUGAUUUGAUGUGAUGUGAUUCGAUCUCUAGAAUAUGAUCCUUUGAUUUUUUCUUCGCUGGAUGUUUACGCUUAAUUUAAGAAAGCGGAGCAUAUGAUCUUCUUGAAGUUAGAGUUUUGGAAAAAAAACUUGUAUUUUCAAAAGAACUUCAAUGUUCGAGGGUGGUCGACUUCAAGAGUUACUUGGAAGAUACGAUCAAAGACAGAAGUCCUUUGCUUAAUUUCAUUUGAAUUGUCGACUUCCUCAAAAGAUGCAUAAUUGUUGUCGACUUUCAUUAUGUUGACGGCAUGACAUGUAGUGACUUCUAAUUCUUCUAAUACUUCCUUUGGAUGAUCAUCAAGGAAGUUUCUUGGGAGGAAUUCUAUCAAAGUUAUCGAUUGUUGAGAUUGGAAAAGAUCAACGUCCUCUUCUUGCAUAGGCUUAGGUUUCCACUUCUUGU